UGAAUGAGAUGCCUUAGUCCCCGGAUAGAUGCCAGGAAGCCUACAUAUCAGCUGAGAAAGAAAACAAAUUUCCAGCGGUACCCGUAGACAGUAAUCAGAGUGCCUGUCAAGAGAGACUUGUGCGCCAUCCACGGAAUUCUCCUCUCCAAGUCAAAUCAGUCCAGCCAGGUGAGAAGGGCAAGGUCGUGGCUGUGGCAGGUGUGCAGGGCGGAGUUAAGCUUCAUGGUCAUCAGAGGCUGCAGCCAAUGGAAGAGGGACAAGCACAGGGGGAGGAGCCAGUGAGGCGGAGUCAGGGAGGAAGCAUAGGUGUGAUCGGCGGAGGAGUGGACCUCCUCUACAACCACGACCACGUGUCGCCGCCGGACAUGCCCAGCCCGGAUCAGAACCAGAACCGGUUGAUGGAGGACAGCGAGGAGGUGGAGCAAAGCCCGCGGGGGAGGAGGCGGCAGCUGAAGCAGGACUCCGUCAACAACAACGGCAGCUGUGAGGAAGAGGAAGAGGAAGCCGAGGAGGACGACAGCUCCAAAGUGGAGGAGGAUAAAGAGGUGGAGGUGGAGGAGGAGGAGGAGGAGGAGGAGGGGGAUAGUAUCAGCGGGGCCUUCUCAUCAGAUCUGGACAGCCGAAUCAGAGACUCCCCCUCUUAUAGUCCUACAGGUGUUGAGGACCUGGUGAGCAGCCCUGAGGAGUGUGUGCUGGGUGGUGUGGAGGACCAUGCGGAGGCGGACGCCCUGAGGGGGGGUUGGCUGCCCUGCUCUCCGCCCGCCGCCGCUGUGCUGGAGCUGGGGGAACACUGUGACCACGCCCUGCUGCCCCAGCGCCUACACCAGAUUGCUGAAGCCCUAGUCCUUGAAGAAGAUUAUGAGCGGGCUAUCCGCUUUAUUCAACUAGAGCGCCUCUACCACGAGAGACUGCUGGCCAACCUGGCUGCCCUGCAGGAACAGUGGGAGUGCAGGUGGAGGGGUGAUGGGGGGGCCCAGAGUCUAACUGUAGAGAGGACCCCCAUUGACCCUGAGCAGCUGGAGCAGCUGGAGCGCCUCUCUCAUAUCUGCAGGACACACAGACAGCCAGCGCUGAGAGCAGAGCAGAGUGAAGCAGUGGACAAAGUGCAGAAAAACAGCCUAAUCUGCCGGAGUCCGAGAGCGGAGGAGGAGAAGGAGGAGGAGGAGGAGGAGAAGAAGGAGAAGGAGAGAGAGGGCGCUGUGCUGCUCCCAUGUGACACAGGCAGCGUGGCUGAUUCAGCACGAGUGACGAUGGAGAAGAAGGAGAAAGACGCGCAGGAGACUUCCCCACAGCAUGACUCCACAGCUGCCAGUACCUCUCUCAGCCAGCAGGGGGCACCAGAGAGCAGCCAGUCCCACCCCGCCCCCGCCCCCGCCCCGCCCCCACUCCCUCCCCUCACCUUCCCAUAGAGACUCUCACUGGCUC